CUUCCUUCAGCCACCCCAAAAUACAAUCGACUAUCACAAGCAUACCACUCACAAUGGCGGAAUACUGGAAGUCAGCGCCUAGAUUCUGGUGCAAGCAAUGCAAGGUGUUUAUCCGCGACACCCCCUUCGAGAAAUCCCAACACGAAGCUAGUGGGAAACACCAAGGAAAUCUAAAGCGCUUCUUACGCGAUCUCCACCGUGACAACGAACGCCAGCAGAGAGAAUCCCAGAAGGCGAAAAAUGAAGUUGAAAGACUACGACAAACUAUCGCGGGGGGUCCGUCCACUGGACCAGCCGACAAUGGCAUCCCUCCUUGGAAACGAACAACCCCAAAACCUCAGGAGCGACCGGUAUCUCUUGAAGAAAGGAAGAAACAGAUGGCCCAGCUAGCGGAGAUGGGUAUUGCUAUUCCCGAUGAAUUUCGUGGUGAAAUGGCCCUUGCGGGCGAAUGGAAGACUGUAUCGGAGAAAGUGAUUCAAGAAAAGAAAAAAGAGCCAUCCUCUUCUUCUACUCCUGCAGCAGUUGGGGUUCGAAAGCGGAAACAUGAGGGUGGUGAUGAGGAUAGUGAGGGUGAGGAUCCAGCUCCCACACGGUUUGUCAGUAGAGGCUGGGGGUCGGCGCUGAAGCAGUAUCCUGGUUCCAAGGAGGACGAAGAUCUAGAUGCUCUUCUUGAAUCUACAAAGGAGAUCAAGAGAGUGAAGCCGUCCGUGUCGGAUACGCCCGAUGCCAAGAAUUCCGAUACACCGGUUAAAGAUGAAGGGCAGGCUACCGUGCAGGAGACUGACGAGGUUCCUCAUGUCAAAAAGGAAGAGCCGACCGAUGCUGCUAUGACCUUGACUACCGCGGCUGAGACUGAGCGUAAAGAGGCUGUGCCGGAAGUCAUCUUCAAGAAACGCAGGCCAAAAGCUAUGAGGAAAUAGCCUAAGGAUGAAGGAUCCAUGUACCGCGAUAUCACUUUGCAGAUGCAUAUGCACAUCGAUUUCUCCAGGCACAGAUAUUUAUUUCCUAGCCUGACCAGGACAAAGCUGAUACUAUGCUAACAAUAUGCAGUACAUUGACCAUAGUGCUUAUAGCUUUGCGCCUGGGAUCUGUACUGCAACCCAGACGAAUUUGUCUGGGGAGCAAUCCUUUCUGGGCACUACCAGGCCAACUGACAGUUAUCAGCCUGCACACAAGCCUUUGGAAUAAUCUGGGAUUUUCAGUGGCCAGCUGUUGGGUGCAGUCCAUAUGGAUAGAUAUCUUCAAGGAAUAACAAAUUACAGCUGUCAUUCAUGACAGCCAGCUCAGUAAAUAGGGAGCUGAGAAAUGGAGCGGCCCAGCAGGCUGUAGUGCUUCUAGCUUCUGAGAUCAAACAAAGC